AUGUUGUGGAGAGUCGUUCUAUUUCUAUUGUUGAUUAGCACUGUGAAUGCUGCACUUUGCGGAGCUCUACAGGGUGGCAUUCCGGAAUGUUCGAAACAUACGAUUGUAAUAGUGGACGCUUCUUCAUAUCUACAAAAUGAAGAUUUGGCUGCGAAGCUCAUCGACUUUACCAACAAAACUCUUUUGCCGAAAUGGAGAGGCGAUCAAAGGACCCAAUUUUCUUUCGCAAUUUAUGGACUUGUUGAUCGAACCGGUCUAACCUGCAAAGGUUACAGCACGCAGGGACAAUCGGAUCCCGAAAUUGUGUGCAACGCGUUAUCGAAUUGGAAAGCGAAUCUGGGAAGAGGUGUACUGGGAACAAUCUCACUAUUGGAUAUAGCCAACGAUAUCCACGAGUGCACGAUCAAAGAAGAGAAUCAGUACUACGAUUUGGCGAUUCUCUUCACAGCGAACAACAAUUUACCCGAUAUUCAAACAUCUUCAUGGUUUCCAAAUGAUCAUCCAGUGAUUGUUGUCAAUUUGGGAAACGGGGAUUUUAGCUCAUGGGUGGCAACGAAGCCAAAAGCGACAGCGAUUCUUUGCAAUGCAAACUCUUUUGAUGACAGUCUUGCGUUCAGAAUCAUUGGUGCCUCGUGCGGAAAUAUCACCGGGUUUGAUGAGUGCAGCGGACCGAUGACAACGACAACUCCCACCAUCCAGCCACCAGUUGACGGAAAUCUAUGUGAUUGUGAUAUCGCUCAUUCCUGGAAUGAUGUCAUGAUCCUUGCUGAUUCGUCGUCGGUUAUGGGCGUUGAUAGAUAUCAUGAGUUGGAAGCUUUCAUUCAAUCGGCUUUCACAAAAGCAACGAUUGGUUCCGAAAAGACGAAAACUCGUGUCGGCGUAAUCACUUACUCGGAAAAUGCAACACUUGUCGCACCUCUUGACGCGUUUAACACGACAUUAGAUUUCGUCUACAAGCAAUGGCCUUAUUUGGGUGGAUCGGGGACAAAUGUUUUGGGUGCAUUGGAUAUGGCGUUGGAUGAGUUUCAGAACAAGGGUCGAUCCACCUCAAGAAAAGUGAUCAUCCUUGGUGCAAGUGCUUACAGAGAAGGAGACUAUGACUCGCCACUCACUCAAGCACAAACAUUUCAACGCAAUUUUGGAGUGAUCAUUGUCAUUGCUGAUGGCGACAUUCAUGGACAAGGAAUUGCAGUGUUAAGCCAAUUGGCCACUCCUGGUCUUCUCAUCAACGCCACCACGGGGCUUUUCCCAGAUUUCCACGAUCUCACGCAAAUGCUCUGCAAUGCAAACUGCUUCUGUCCCGGUCAACUUCAAAACCAAAAGAGUGCUUAUUUCCAAGUGACACGAGAUGGUGAAUCAUGGCCGUCAAGGGGAUGUUAUUGGGAUUCCUCGUUGACCUCAAUUCAAGCAUUGGUCAGCAACACUUGCUCGAAACUCUCAGCUGGUGCUGGGGUUCCCGCUAUGCCUGAUACAAUUGGCAAACAGAGAGGACUUCUUGCUGGCGCUCCCGUAAAUCUCACAAAACCCUCCUUUUAUCUCGGCUUGACAAAGAAUACAAAUGGAGAAUGGGUGUGGGAUGAUCAAAAAUCAUAUAAUGGUGGUGACAUUUUGGGAUCGGGUGAUUGCGCCGUUCUUCAGCAAGGAACUGGUUUCAACUCAGUGAUCAAAGCAGCUGACUGUCGCGAUGGGAAUUUCUACGCCUGCCAAACUCAGCCGUGCUCAACAACGAACUUUUGUGGA